AUGGAAAGUCUCUACAACGUGCCGUAUUCGUUUUUAGAAUGUCCUAAUUUGAAACUGAAGAAACCAACAUGGCUGCAUACCCCGUCAGCUAUGUUCGUUUUCUCGCUCGUUCUCGUGUCUUACUUCCUAGUUACUGGAGGCAUCAUAUAUGACGUCAUUGUCGAGCCCCCAAGCAUCGGAUCUACGACAGAUGAGAGGGGAAACAGCAAACCUGUGGCAUUCAUGCAGUACCGAGUAAACGGCCAGUAUAUUAUGGAAGGUCUGGCCUCCAGCUUCCUUUUCUCCAUGGGUGGUCUGGGGUUCAUCAUCCUGGACCAGACCAACAAACCGUCGACUCCCAGAUUGAAUAGAAUUUUACUGCUCUCCAUUGCAUUCAUCUGCAUACUGGUGUCAUUCUUCAUGUGUCGCGUGUUUAUGCGCAUCAAACUACCGUCAGCGAUUUUCAAUUUUAUUUAUUUUUGA